AUUUUCAGAGACUGUUUAUCCAGAUUUUGUCCCGACCUACGGCCGCAUACGAACAAGAUGUCGAUGAUUACUGCUACGGCGUGGGUCCCUCGUGGAUUUGCGGCCCCAUUUCCUACCAAAUACGAAUUCGACGAGGACGAAUUUCAGCGCAUCGCAGAGCUCGCAAAACUUCAGCUUGACGAUGCGAACGAGGACUUGGACGAAGCGCGCAAAGCUAUUGUAGAAGGCAAUGGCGCAGAUGGGGUAAUGAAAGAUGAAGACGUCAAAUCAUCAGCGAAAGCUAUGAAAUCGGAAGCAGAUGAAGACGACGACCUCAAGGAAUAUGAUCUGGACCACUACGACGAAGAUGUCGCGAACGACAAUGGAGGUGAGGGUGUAGGAAUGGGCAUGUUUGGCAAUGUCAAGUCAUUGGCAUACCACGAGUCGAACGCAGAUGAUCCUUACAUUACCAUGCAAGAGAACGAGGAAGACGAUGAGGAUCGCGAGGAGCUUCAGAUCUUAGCCACAGACAACAUGCUCCUGGCAGCUAAGAUCGAGGAUGAGGUAGCACACUUGGAGAUCUACGUUUACGAGGAUGAGGCGGACAACCUUUAUGUACAUCACGAUAUCAUGCUUCCAGCUAUACCUUUGUGUGUGGAAUGGCUAGACUUACCAGUCGGCAAGUCAACUGUAGACAAGGAGUCGAGGGCGAACUUCGUGGCGGUCGGUACUUUCGAUCCAGAUAUUGAGAUUUGGGACUUGGACACCAUCGAUUGCAUGUAUCCUAAUGCUAUCUUAGGCCAAGGCGGAGAGAACAGCGGCGCAGGAACAGAGGAACUCAAGAAGAAGAAAAAGAAGAAAAAGUCGAAGAAGGCUAACGACAAUUACCAUGUGGACUCGGUUCUAUCUCUUGCUGCCAAUAGACAUCAUCGAAAUCUACUCGCAUCAGCAUCCGCAGACAAGACAGUCAAGUUAUGGGAUCUCAACACGACGAAAUGUGCGAAAUCUUAUUCCUACCACACUGAUAAAGUCUGUUCCCUGGCAUGGCAUCCGAAAGAGUCAACUAUCCUGUUGAGCGGGAGUUAUGACCGGACAGUUGUUGCAGCUGAUAUGAGAGCACCUGAUGCAAAAGCCCCAACAUGGGGAGUCGAGAGUGACGUGGAAACUGUCAAAUGGGACCCUCAUGACCCGAACUUCUUCUACAUCUCGACAGAGAAUGGUAUCAUCCACUACCACGAUAUUCGAAAAGCUCCGUCAAGUCCAGCAGCAAGCAAACCUGUCUGGAUCUUGCAAGCACAUGAUGAAUCUGUCUCGUCCUUCGACAUCAACCCUAUUAUUCCAGGUUUCAUGGUAACCGGUUCCACAGACAGACAAGUUAAGCUUUGGAACAUACAGCCUUCCGGGCCUACUAUGGUCGUUUCUAGAGACCUGGAAAUUGGCAAAGUGUUCUCGACAACGUUUGCCCCAGAUGAAGAAGUUGGUUUCAGACUUGCUGUAGCUGGAAGUAAAGGUCUCGUUCAAAUAUGGGAUACUUCCACCAAUGCAGCAGUCAGACGAGCAUUUGCCAGUAGAGUUGCUCCGGUAGAAGGAGAGAUUAAGGAAAGACUGGUGGGUGUAGAAGACGAUAGCAGUGAAUCGGAUGAAGAAGAAGGCGGGGCUGAAACCGGAGAAGGGGAUGCAGAUGCCGGGGAGAAGGGAUGGGAGUCGAUGGAUGAGGAUUAAACUCUCCUUGGAACGAUCGGAGGCUCUAAUCAACGACCCUUUUGGCAUUUGAUGCAUCUAACCGAAUCCGGAGGUCCUCACGAGAAGCAGCUUCGGAAGUCGAAACAAAGCUUCGGAUCUGCUGGUGAGACUGCCCAGCGAUCAAGUUGCGUAAUUCUGAUGGUAAGUUGCUGUCGCUCAUAUAGAUAUGGCGAAAAGGAAUAAAUAUCCGAAUUUGAGGAUCAUGAGCAUUUGGGACAUUCAUGGUAGUUCGCAUUGAUUUCCCCACAAAAGGAACUGUAUUCUGGUA